CCGAAAGAAAGGGGGGGAAAGCUCCCGGAAAUGACGUCGGUUCAUGUUCGUCCUUUCCAGAAAAAAUGGCAGCUGUUGACAUCGACGUGCCGGUGGACACAGAACCCCAAAUCCGCAAUCCUGAUGACCUGGAACGCCAGGCAGAAGGCUUCAAAGAACAAGGAAAUGCAUUCUACAGCCAGAAGGAUUACUCAGAGGCUUUCAACUACUAUACUAAGGCCAUUGAUGCAUGUCCCAAUAAUGCCAGUUAUUAUGGCAACAGGGCAGCCACCCUCAUGAUGCUCAGUCGCUUUCGAGAGGCCCUAGAAGAUUCCCAGCAGGCUGUGCGGCUGGAUGACUGUUUCAUGAAGGGUCAUCUGCGUGAGGGCAAGUGCCACCUGUCUUUAGGAAACGCCAUGGCAGCUAGUCGCUGCUUUCAGAAGGUUUUGGAGCUGGAGCCCAGCAACAGAGAGGCCCAGCAGGAGAAUAAGACUGCAGCGACUCUACUUGAGUUCGAACGAAUGGCGGGUUUUGGCUUUGAAAAGCGGGAUUUCAGAAAGGUGGUGUUCUGCAUGGACCGGGCCUUAGCUGUGGCUUCUGCCUGCCACCGCUUCAAAAUCCUCAAGGCUGAGUGUCUGGCUCUGCUGGGACGCUAUCCAGAAGCCCAGUCUGUAGCAAGUGAUAUCCUGCGGCUGGAUUCCACAAACGCAGACGCACUGUACGUACGAGGCCUGUGUCUCUACUACGAGGACUGCAUCGAUAAAGCUGUGCAGUUCUUUGUCCAGGCUCUGCGCAUGGCACCUGACCAUGAGAAGGCCCGGCUAGCGUGCAGGAAUGCCAAAGCCUUAAAAGCCAAGAAAGAGGAGGGCAACCAGGCAUUUAAGAACAACAACUAUGAAGCUGCCUACCAGCUGUAUACUGAGGCCCUGUUGAUAGACCCCAACAACAUCAAGACCAACGCUAAACUCUACUGCAACAGAGCCACAGCAGGAGCAAAGCUGAAGAAACUUAAUCAAGCCAUUGAAGACUGCACCAGUGCAAUCAAAUUAGACGACACUUACAUCAAGGCCUACUUAAGAAGAGCUCAGUGUUACAUGAACACAGAGCAGUAUGAGGAGGCUGUACGGGACUAUGAAAAAGUUUACCAGACAGAGAAAACAUCAGAUCACAAGCAUCUGCUGAAGACAGCACAGCUGGAGCUGAAGAAGAGCAAGAGGAAAGAUUACUACAAGGUGCUGGGUGUCGGCAAGAACGCCACCGAGGACGAGAUCAAAAAGGCCUAUCGCAAACGGGCCCUCAUGCACCACCCAGACCGCCACAGCGCUGCCACUCCAGAGGUGCAAAAGGAGGAGGAAAAGAAAUUCAAGGAGGUGGGUGAGGCCUUCACUGUGCUCUCCGACCCAAAGAAGAAGAUCCGCUAUGACAAUGGACACGACUUGGAUGAUGAUGGCGGCUUUGAUGGUAGAGAUUUUGAUGCAAACAACAUCUUCAGGGCUUUCUUUGGUGGCCAUGGUGGAGGAUACAGUUUUGAUUCCAGCCCAGAUUCUGGACCUGGAAAUUUCUUUUUCCAAUUUGGCUAAAGCAAAGGAGGCAUGCGGGAAAACGCAUCCCUGCAGUGGACAAAAUGAAGUUGGACCCACAGUCACCACCUGAUGCUCUUUCUCCUGAGUGUCUUGCAAAAUCUCCUCACUUUUCUUUUAUAAGAGGUUUUUGAUUCUUGCAUUCACUCCUAAAUUUCUCCUUACUUUGAUGCUAACAAACAUGGGAAAGGAUAAUACGGAAGCUUUAGAUAGGAUUUAACAUUGUAAAUAAAGAAGUGCUUAAGAAAUCUUUUUUUAAGAGGCUUGGAUUAGCUGAUCGGAGCAUGCCCCCUAUUUGCCAAAUCAAAGUGAUAUUAAAGAAAAUCUAAUCUUGUAAAACUGCCUCAACCUUCAUAAAGAUGAUCAGUAGUAAGAAAUGCGUUUUGGAAAUAUGAGCAUCAUGGUUGAUUUAGUUUUAGAAGACAUAACGUGGUGCAAGUUUUUUAGGUUCACCUGGGACAGCAUGUCUCUAUAGAGCAAGAGUUGACAUACUGUGGGAGUUCAAUGUCAAAACUGACCUCAGGACAGCCCGUUAAGGACAAUGCUGGUCUCUUGCGAGUGUGUCCAGGUUUUAGUGGCUCACUUGCCAAAUAUAGAAUUGACUUGCAGGGUUUUUGUUUCUUCUCCUUUUCUCCAUCCUGCAUUGUAUAUUUCACUCGAAUGUAAAUCGUUUGUGUCCAUAAAUUUGUCUACUUCAGUCUUCCCUCGGUCUAUUUAUAUUUAUUGUACUGUAUAUUCCAGACUGUAUACAGCAGAAUGCCAGUGUUCAUUGUCUUCCUUAUAUUUUUUUUGAAAGAGACUCAUUUGUAUAUGUUUUCCACAUCAUCCUCUUUGCACUCAGACUGUGAAAGUAUUUUCUUCGUGAAACAGGCCAAAAUCAGCAUACAUACACCUACAGAUUUUCUUCUGUUGAAUGCACCGGCUACACAUCUGUGCUGCGGUCUGUCCUGCUGUCCCAUUCAAGUGGUGCCUUACCAGAAUGAGCAGAUCAAUUAACCUCUUACAGUUAAACCUACAUCAAAAGCUUCAGAGCAAGAUACAUACUAUUUGCAAAAGGCAACAGUAACACUUGCAUAGCAUGUUGUGUGUGUGUGUGUGGUGGUUUUUUUUGUGCUCUUUUGCAGGAAAACCUUUAAAAUUUAAAUUUGGCUUCAUGUCCCCAUCAGUCACAGCUAGCUGGCAUCCACCUGCACUUGUCAUGCACGUUUGGUCAGAACAGCCCUUCCCCUACUUGUUCCACCUGUUUUAAAGGGGCACUGAUAGUAGGUUGGAAGAUUCUAUUGUUAAUAGUUCUGUCACUGAUCUAUGUAUAAUUUUUAAAACAUGUCAUGGUAUUAACAGGACAUGCUUUUUCUUAUUGCGAAAUUAAAGGCUCGUCUUUUACUGUAA